AUGCUGAGGAGAAAUAUAAGAUUGAGAAAAGAGUAUUUAUACUUAAAAAAGGUUGAAGAAGAAAAAAAGAAAUAUGCUGAGAAAAUAAAAAGUAUAAAAAAAAGCUAUAAUGAGAAUAAAAAGAUAAAAGGGGAUUUAAAAAAUGAAGAAAAUGAACUAAGAAAGAAAAUGGACUUGUAUGAUGAAAGGUCUUUGAAUAAAAAUUUUGAUGAUGAAUAUUUUUUUUCGGGAAUUGAAAAUCCACAAGUUUUAAUAACAACAUCAAGAAACCCAUCAGCUCAAUUGGAAAAUUUUGCAAAAGAACUUAAACUUUUAAUACCAAAUAGUGAAAAAAUAAAUAGAGGAAGUUAUUUUAUCAAAGACAUAAUAACCUUUGCAAGAAAAAAUAAUAUAACAGACGUCAUUAUAAUACAUGAAUAUAAAGGAAUACCGAGAAAUUUAAUAAUUUGUCAUUUGCCCUUUGGUCCAACUUUAUUCUGUACAAUUAAAGAUUGUAAAAUGAGGCAUGAAUUUUUAGAUCAAAUAAAUAAUAUAUCUACUUGUAACCCACACUUAAUAUUUCAUAAUUUUAAUUCCGAUUUAGGAAAAAGAAUUAUGAAUAUUUUUAAAUAUUUAUUUCCUCCAGUUAAAAUGAGAAUAAAUAAAAGAAAAUUUUCAAAAAACAAAAAUAAAAUUCCUAUUUCAAAUAAUAUGGGAAAUCAAAAUUUAGCUAACGCUAUUAAUCAUAAUGAAGAAGAAGAAGAAGAAGCAAAUGAUAAUUCAAUUCAAAUAUCUAUAAAAAAUUCUGAAUAUUAUAAUCUUGAAAAAUUGGAAAAUAAUAGAGUACUUGCAUUUUAUAAUAAAAAUGAUAUAAUUUAUUUCCGUCAUUAUAAUUGGGAAACAAAUGAAAAAAAUGAGAUAGUAUUAAAUGAAGUUGGACCACGAUUUAGCUUCAUUGUUUAUAGGAUAAAUAAAGAAGCUCUCGAUUCUCUUAACGAAGAUUAUGAAUAUGUAUAUCAUCCAUUUAUAAACUCGAAAAAAGCAAUGUUAUAA